UUCAAUACAGUAAACAGCAUUGCUAUAAAAGGCUUACUGUGCAGUUCACCUUCCACCACCAAGAUGAAGAACCUGGUGCGGGUUCUCUAUCUGUACCUGAUGUGCCUCUAUAGCUGUCUGUGUCAGGAAGAUGACCCACAGGACUUUAUGCUUCUAGCAGGCCCUCUCACCAACCACUUGAGGAUGGACUUGAGCACCAAACCCAUUGAUGCCUUUGACUGCAGUCAUCCCCUUCCCUUGGGCUCCAGGGCCUACUUCCAGUAUCUCCAGAGUCGGGGAGUAACUCAUUUCAAAGUUCCCCUGUCCUGGGCUCAACUUUUGCCCACAGGUGACCCCAGCCAGCCCAGUCAGCCUGCAUUGUCUUGCUACCGGAACUUCUUGGAACAGCUAGUGGAAGUAGGCCUCAAACCACUUGUUGUCUUGCAUCGCUCUGCUUUACCAGAGGCCCUGAGAUCCAGGUAUGGGGGCUGGGAAAGCGCAGAGCUGCUAGAUGUAUUUCAGCAAUAUGCUGAAUUUGUUUUUCUGGCGUAUGGAGAACUGGCACACUCUUGGGUGACACUGAGCCACAUCGAAGAGCUGCGGGAUGAGGUGAAUCUGCAGCUGAAACACGCUCUCCAUGCCCACGCCGACGUGUACCACCUCUACCAUCACCUGUUUCCUGGACAAGGCGGCCAUGUGUCGAUUGGCGUAAGGGCCAGUGAUGUUUCCAUCCUUUACCAAAGCGAGGCUGCCAUUAAGGAGUCCCUAGAUUUCCUGUCAGUGCAAAUUGAGUACAACUGCACCUCUAAAUCAAACCUGGCAGAGGAGCUGAGAAGAUUACAGAAGGCCAAUGGUCAGAUACCCAUUGUGAUUUACAAGAUGAAUAUCAAAGGCUGUUCCUUCAGUCAAUUCCAGCCACUCGGUAACAUCCUGCAAGUUCUGCGAAAUGGGGACCUGCAAAUUCUGGGAUGUGACAUGGUUGACUUGUUUGAGGAGCUGGAUUUGGUGGACACUCUGAAUAGUCUUUCAGAUCACACUGGGGAUGCACUGUCAGUAAACUACCAGAGAGUGUGGGAUAAGUUUGGAACUCAGACCAUUUCUGAGCGGGACAUCUUCCUGAAUGAGUCUUUUCCUGAUGGCUUCCAGUGGGCCACUUCCAGUGAGUCCUUUAAAGUCGAGGGUGGCUGGUCUGAGCAUGGGAAGGGUGAGACCAUUUGGGACCGCUUUGGCCAUGAGCACCAAGUCUUUGAGAAUCAGACUGCAGACCUGGCUUGUGACAGUUACCAUAAAGUCGACUAUGACGUCUAUCUUCUGAGAGGUCUACUUGUCAAAACCUACCAGUUCUCUAUCUCCUGGGCCCGCGUUUUCCCCUCUGGCCACUGGGGGAGCCACUCUGAGAAAGGUGCGCUUUACUAUGACAGCCUGAUCAAUGCGCUGAUAGAGGCGGGUAUAGAACCUGCUGUGACCCUGCACCACUGGGAUCUUCCCCAGGCACUCCAGGACUAUGGAGGCUGGACCAAUGUUUCCAUUGCAGAAGCCUUUAAAGACUAUGCCGACUUCUGCUUCUUCAGGUUUGGAGAUAGGGUUAGGACCUGGAACACUUUCAGUAGCCCCUGGGUGAUUAGCCAUGCUGGGUACGGUACCGGUCAGCAUCCCCCUGGAAUAAAGAACUAUGUGGUUGCCUCCUACCAGGUGACUCACAACAUGCUCAAGUCCCACGCUGAAGCAUGGCAUGUUUACAACGACAAGUACCGGAAGGACCAGGGAGGCAAAGUAGGCAUUGCCCUGGACUCCAACUGGGCUGAGCCUCCAAGCUCCUCUUCCAAGCCUGAAGAUGUAGUGGCUGCAGACCGCUACCUGCAGUUCAUGCUGGGAUGGUUCGCCCAUCCCAUUUUUGUGGAUGGGGACUAUCCACCCUUGCUAAAGUCUCAGAUUGAGCAGAAAAGGCGGAAUUGUUCCCUCUCUGUGCCUGCCAUACUCCCGUUCUUCACUGCAGCAGAGAGUAAGCGAAUUCGCGGAACGGCAGAUUUCCUGGGGCUCAACCACUACACCUCUCGCCUGGUCAAUGCCAGUGAUGGUGGCUGCGUGCCUGGACCAGAGGGGGUGGGAGACUUCAAAGCUCAUGUGGACCAUGCCUGGCCUUCUACGGAGUCUGACUCGAUACACUCUGCACCCUGGGGCCUCCGUAGGCUGCUCAACUAUGUUUCUGCAGAGUAUCUGAAUGUCACUAAGGUGCCCGUCUACAUAACUGGAAAUGGAAUGCCCACGGGGUACAGCGGGGACGCUAUCAAUGACACGGAGCGUACAGAGUACUUAAAGGGCUACAUCAACGAAGCACUGAAAGCAAUCCAUCUGGAUGGAGUGGACGUGCAGCGUUUCACUGUGCAGUCACUGAUGGAUGGGUUCGAGGGGCCAAAGGGCUACAGCCAAAGGUUUGGUUUGCACUAUGUCAACUUUGAAGACCCUAACAGGCCCAGAACCCCAAAGCAGUCAGCCUAUUUCUACUCUGAUAUUAUCAAGAGAAAUGGGUUUUCUGAUACAAGAGAAAGAAGUCCACAACAAGAACCAAAGUUUCAAACCGUUGUGCGGCAACCCACUCUGCCCCCGUCCGAGGUUCCCUCCAGAUCCAAGGUUGUCUGGGAGAAGUUCUCCAGUCAGUCCAAUUUCCAGAGGAAGCUCUACCACUACGGCACCUUUCCAAAGGGCUUCCAAUGGGGAGUGACGUCCUCAGCCUAUCAAAUAGAAGGUGGCUGGAAUGUUGACGGAAAGGGUGCAAGUGUAUGGGAUACCUUCACCCACAAGCCUGGCAGUACUACCGAAGAUGCCAAUGGUGACAUAGCCUGUGACAGUUACCACCGACUAGAGGAAGACCUGUACAUGAUAAGGGCCCUAAGGGUUAAGACCUACCGAUUCUCCCUGUCCUGGUCCAGGAUCUUUCCCGAUGGUCGGCGCAAUUCCUUGAACCAGAAGGGUGUUAACUACUACAACAGGCUCAUUAACGGCCUACUAGCUUAUAACAUAACCCCCAUGGUGACACUCUACCACUGGGACCUCCCUCAGGCCCUGCAGGACCUUGAUGGCUGGGACAACAUCCAGAUGGUUGAGAUCUUUAACGACUUCUGUGACUUCUGCUUUUCCACCUUUGGGGAGCGAGUAAAGUUUUGGUUGACCUUCAACCAACCCUAUACAAUUGCCUGGUCAGGAUAUGGUCUGGGGCAGAUCCCACCAAAUGUCAGGAAGCCUGGGGAUGCACCAUAUAGAGUCGCUCAUAACCUUCUAAAGGCACAUGCCACGGUGUACCACAACUAUGACAAGAAAUACCGCAAAUCCCAAGGCGGUCUGGUCUCCAUCGCCCUCAACGCAGACUGGGCUGAGCCCAAAGAUGUCAACAACCCCCGGGAAGUCAUGGCAGCAGACCGUGCCCUGCAGUUUCAGCUUGGCUGGUUCGCUCACCCAAUCUUCAAAACUGGUGAUUACCCCGACGCCAUGAAGUGGCAGGUGGGCAACAAGAGUGAGCUCCAAGGCCUGCCAGGUUCCAGGCUCUCCACGUUAACCAAUGAUGAUAAGGCCUACAUCAGAGGUACUGCUGAUGUCUUCUGUCUAAAUGCUUAUACCACUAAGGUGAUACGUCAAGUAACUGCCAGGCUUAGUCCUCAGUCCUAUUAUAACGACCAGGACAUUGGAGAGGAGGAGGAGGGUGAUUCCCCCACAACUGCCAUCAAAGGGCAGAGGGCUGUAGCAUGGGGCUUACGGAGACUCCUCAACUGGAUCAAGGAGGAGUACGGAGAUCCAGAGAUUUAUGUCACAGAGAAUGGAGUUCCAACGGCUUCAAAGACCACAGUGGAUGACACUGACAGAAUAUUCUACUACAAAACCUACAUUGACGAGGCUUUGAAAGCCCAUGACCUGGAUGGUGUGAAGGUGAGGGGUUACAGUGUCUCGUCUCUUAUGGACUCUUUUGAGUGGCUCAAUGGGUACACAGUGGGCUUUGGUCUCCACCAUGUGGACUUUACUCACCCAAGCCGACCCAGGACGCCCAAACGUUCAGCACACUACUACUAUCAAGUCGUGAGGGACAACGGUUUCCCUCAAUCGGAGGAUGGUACACCCAUUUAUGGAAACUUCCGUAAAGAUUUCAUCUGGAGCACAGCAACAGCAUCUUACCAGAUUGAGGGGGGCUGGAGAGCAGAUGGAAAGGGCCUCAGUAUCUGGGAUAAGUUUGCUCACACUCCUCUUAGAGUGUUCAAUGAUGACACAGGAGAUAUUGCCUGUGAUAGUUAUCAUAAGGUGGAGGAGGAUGUGGCUAUGCUGAGGAGGCUGAAGGUGACCCACUACCGCUUCUCUAUAUCCUGGUCCAGGGUGCUCCCCGAUGGCACCACCAAAAACAUCAACGAGGCUGGCCUCAACUACUACCGUAGACUGGUUGACGCACUUCUCAUUGCCAACAUACAGCCUCAUAUUACCCUCUACCACUGGGACCUCCCUCAGGCUCUGCAGGAUGUGGGGGGCUGGGAGAACGACAGCAUCAUUGACCGAUUCAGAGAAUAUGCUGAUUUUAUCUUCACUCACCUUGGAGACAAAGUGAAGUUCUGGAUCACCAUCAAUGAGCCUUACAAUAUUGCCAAUAUUGGCCACGGCUAUGGAGCUGCCGCCCCAGGCAUCAGCUUCAGACCUGGCACAUUGCCCUACAUAGUGGGCCACAACCUCAUCAAAGCCCAUGCCGAAGCCUGGCACCUGUACAACGAUAACUACCGCACCAAGCAGGGAGGCAUUAUCUCCAUCACCAUCAACUCAGACUGGUCAGAGCCACGGAACCCCUACAAGCAGGAGGACGUAGAAGCUGCACGACGCGUUGUUCAGUUCUAUAUCGGCUGGUUUGCCCACCCUAUAUUCAAUGGAGACUACAGUGAUACAAUGAAGACAAUCAUUCGAGAGAGGAGCCUAGCAGCAGGCCUAUCUAAAUCACGGCUUCCUGAGUUUUCCCCUGCAGAGAUCCAGAGGGUCAAAGGUACAUAUGAUUACUUUGGGUUCAACCACUACACAACUGUCCUGGCAUUCCCUGUUGAGUAUGGGAACCUACAGCAUUACGAUGCAGACAGGGGCGCUGGAACGAUUGCUGAUCGCACCUGGCUGGACUCUGGCUCUGGCUGGCUGAAGGUUUCCCCAUUUGGAUUCCGCAAGAUCCUCAACUUCAUCAAGGAGGAGUACGGCGACCCACCCAUCAUCAUCACAGAGAAUGGGAUAUCGGCACGAGGGCCAGUGGAUCUGAACGAUGUCCACAGGAUUCACUACUAUGAGAAUUACAUCAAUCAGGUCCUCAAAGCAUAUUUGCUGGAUGGGGUGGAUAUUCGAGGCUACACAGCCUGGUCUCUGAUGGACAAUCUAGAGUGGGCCACUGGCUUCUCAGAGAGAUUCGGCCUGUUCUAUGUGAACCGUUCUGACUCCAAACUUACACGAGUAGCCAAGAACUCUGUUGCCCGCUAUGCCACCAUCAUCACCUGCAAUGGAUUCCCUGACCCCACUCUGGGGCCUCACGAGUGUUUGAAUCCCGAUCCCGAAGGAACGAGUGCACCCUCCACCACCUCGCCUAUCUUAUCAGUCGAGAACGUGAGCUUCCUCGGUAUGGAGCUGUCAUCGGGCAGUGCUGAGAUAGCCCUCUACAGCGUCUUUGCUCUCUCCGUUACGGGUGUCCUCUCAGUCAUCGCUGUAACCUAUCUGUACCGGAAGUCAGACAGAUCCUCUGUGGAAUCUGUGAGGAUGGAGGCACUCUGAACACAUAAAGAGUGCGAGAAGGCUCUGCCCCAUCCAACAUAAAUCUCUCAUUGUCUCUGUUUUUUAAAUAAUCUGUCAAUACUCUACCUGAAAAGUGCCUGUCUAUUUGUGGUAUAGGAAAAUUUGUUGUAGCUUAUAUAUCUGAUGAAUCAUUAGUGUCUGCACCAAACGUUGCCUUCGCUUGUUAUUUUAAGAAAUAAAGGACUAACUUUUGAA